ACCGGGCAGCAUAAACAUAAACUCCUUAUCCUCUCUCUCUCUCUUUCUCUCUCCGUCUUUCUCUCACUCACAUCACACAACACAAAACACAUUAUUACAUACUACUACCACUACUCUUGCAGUCUUGCUUUGGUGUUUAAUGGCGUCUCAGAUCUAACAUAACAGUGCAAGUGGUUCGGCGUUGUUGUGAGUUUGUUUUUAAACGACGGCGUUUGGUUUUGUUAGUAUGCAGAAAAUGGCGUACACGUUUUCGUUUCCGGAGGAGGUGCUGGAGCACGUGUUCUCGUUCAUAUGGAGCGAGAGGGACAGGAACGCGAUCUCGCUGGUGUGCAAGUCGUGGUACGAGAUCGAGAGGUGGUGCAGGAGGAAGGUUUUCGUGGGGAACUGCUACGCGGUGAGCCCUUUGAUGGUGAUCAAGCGCUUCCCGGAGCUGAGAUCCAUUGCGCUCAAAGGGAAGCCGCACUUCGCGGACUUCAAUUUGGUCCCCGAGGGUUGGGGAGGUUACGUUUGCCCCUGGAUCGCCGCCAUGGCCCGGGCCUUCCCCUGCCUCGAAGAGAUCAGGCUCAAGAGGAUGGUCAUCACCGACGAGAGCUUGGAGCUCAUCGCUAAGUCCUUCAAGAACUUCAAGGUCUUGGUUCUCACUUCCUGUGAGGGUUUUACUGCCGAUGGACUUGCCGCCAUUGCUUCCAACUGCAGGAAUCUAAGGGAAUUGGACUUGCAGGAGAGUGAAGUGGAGGACCUUAGUGGGCACUGGCUAAGCCAUUUUCCUGAUUCCUACACUUCAUUAGUUUCACUUAACAUCUCUUGCUUAAACCAUGAGGUGAGUUUAUCUGCAUUAGAGCGUCUGCUUGGGAGGUGUCGGAACCUGCGGACCCUCCGUCUCAAUCGUGCCGUGCCCCUUGAUAGACUACCCAACCUACUUCUCCGGUGUCCUCAGCUGGUUGAGUUAGGCACAGGAGUCUAUUCAACUGAGAUGCGACCGGAGGUCUUCUCAAACCUGGAAGCAGCAUUUUCUGGUUGCAAGCAGUUGAAGAGCUUGUCUGGCUUUUGGGAUGUGCUUCCAUCCUACCUUCCAGCUGUCUACCCCAUCUGCUCCAGGCUAACAUCGCUAAACUUGAGUUAUGCUAUUAUUCAAAGCUCUGAUCUUAUUAAGCUUAUCAGUCAAUGCCCAAAUUUGUUGCGAUUAUGGGUGCUGGAUUACAUAGAAGAUGCUGGUCUUUAUGCCCUUGCUGCAUCAUGUAAGGAUCUAAGGGAGUUAAGGGUGUUUCCGUCUGAGCCGUUUGGUUUAGAACCAAAUGUUUCAUUGACAGAACAGGGCCUUGUCUCUGUGUCUGAAGGUUGCCCCAAGCUCCAAUCGGUUCUAUAUUUUUGUCGACAAAUGUCGAAUGCAGCCCUACAUACAAUUGCACGGAACAGGCCUAAUUUGACUCGUUUUAGGCUUUGUAUUAUUGAGCCUCGAACUCCUGACUAUCUAACCCAGGAACCCCUGGAUUCUGGUUUUGGAGCUAUUGUAGAGCAAUGCAAGGAUCUUCAACGCCUAUCCCUGUCUGGUCUUCUUACUGACCGUGUUUUUGAGUAUAUUGGGACUUAUGCGAAGAAGCUGGAGAUGCUAUCUGUGGCUUUUGCUGGAGAUAGUGAUUUGGGACUUCACCAUGUGCUGUCAGGGUGUGAUAAUCUUAGGAAGCUGGAGAUAAGGGAUUGCCCCUUUGGUGACAAGGCCCUUUUGGCAAAUGCUGAAAAGCUGGAGACAAUGCGAUCCCUUUGGAUGUCCUCCUGCUCAGUGAGUUAUGGAGCGUGUAAGCUACUGGGUCAGAAAAUGCCCAGACUCAACGUUGAAGUCAUUGAUGAAAGAGGACCUCCAGAUUCAAGGCCAGAUGAUUGUCCUGUUGAGAAGCUUUAUAUAUACAGGACUGUUGCUGGGCCAAGGUUGGACAUGCCUGGUUUUGUGUGGACAAUGGAAGAUGAUUCUUCACUAAGGCUUGAGUGAUCACGCGGUGGAUUGAGGCAAGGAAAUCUAAUGCCACUUUGGUUUGUGAUAUCUAGAAUGGCAGGUACAUGCUCAGUAUGCUAUUCUCUAGUGAAUUUACUGUUGCCUGGCUUAUAUAUAUAUAUAUAUAUAUAGUUGCAGACUUGCAGUUAUGGCUUGUGGUUGAGCUUGGUACUGGAGAGCUUACACAGAAAGCUUGAGCUCGAUUGCCAUUCAUUUUACACUUUGGCUGAGCUACGGGAUGCCAAUUUUACUGAUUUACAAAGAGUCUGAAACUGUGUUGUUGUUGUAUGUGCGUUAGAUGCAGUUAUUUUAUUCUUCAUACUAUAAUAUUUGCGGGCUUCAAUUUAUUUGUAUGUUAACUUUGUCUUUCGUAGUAGGAUGUUGGACACAUUUGUCAUUGUUAGCCUUCCCAAUGAAUAAUAUUCGUAUUCUAAUGCAGCCAGCGUUGUUAGCUCUUUGCAA